AAUUAUCUUACAAGUCCUAACAGCAAUGGCGAGAAGAGAAUCUGAAAUCUCCCUCCCUCACUCAACUGAACAGAGCAGAAGAGAAGCGCAAUGAGAACAUCCUAAACACUUGUGUCCCUCCACUCUCCAGCAGUUAAAAUCUCAAUGGCACUUCACAGAGGCCCAAAGCCCAAGCCCAAGCCCGCGAGAUCCCCAAUUCUGGUCCUCGUAGCAUCAGUCACAGCGAUUGCGCUCCUCUUCCUCUUCUCCUCUCUGCUCUCCACCACCGCCUCAAAGCCCAACCUUCCACAACAAAAACAACAACAACACUUCGAAAAGUACCUCUAUUGGGGCACCCGCAUCGACUGCCCCGGAAAACACUGCGGAUCUUGCGAGGGCCUCGGUCACCAAGAAUCCAGCCUCCGCUGCGCCCUCGAAGAAGCCAUCUUCCUUUCCAGAACUUUUGUGAUGCCUUCGAGGAUGUGUAUUAAUCCCAUUCAUAACAAGAAAGGGAUCCUUCAUCAUUCCGCUAAUGCCAGCUCCGAGGAACUGUGGGAUGCAACUUCUUGUGCCAUGGAGUCUUUAUAUGACACAGAACUUAUGUCAGGUACGGUUCCCGUAAUUUUGGACAAUUCAAAAGAGUGGUAUAGGGUUCUAUCGAUGAGCAUGAAGUUGGGGGCCAGAGGAGUUGCACAUGUGGAAGGAGUUAGCCGUCUUGAACUUAAAGAAAAUAGUCGCUACUCAGAUUUGUUGCUCAUAAACAGAACUGCGAGCCCUCUCUCUUGGUUUAUGGAGUGCAAGGAUCGAAACAACCGCAGUGCCAUAAUGUUGCCAUAUUCAUUUUUGCCGACAAUGGCUGCAGGGAAAUUACGAGAAGCAGCAGAAAAGAUCAAAGCAUUACUUGGUGAUUAUGAUGCCAUCCAUGUUCGUCGUGGGGAUAAAAUAAAUACCAGGAAAGAUAGAUUUGGUGUAGCAAGGAGCCUGCAUCCUCACCUUGAUAGGGAUACACGGCCAGAGUUCAUUAUUUGUAGGAUAGCAAAGUGGGUCCCACCAGGAAGAACCUUGUAUAUUGCUUCAAAUGAAAGGACUCCUGGUUUUUUCUCACCACUUUCUGUCAGGUAUAGAAUGGCAUAUUCGUCAAACUAUAGCCAUAUCUUGGAUCCAUUAAUUGAGAACAAUUACCAACUAUUCAUGAUUGAGAGGCUUAUAAUGAUGGGUGCUAAAACGUUCAUUAGAACUUUCAAGGAGGAUGAGACAGAUCUUAGCCUCACCGAUGACCCGAAAAAGAACACUAAACUUUGGCAGAUACCUGUUUAUAACGCGGAUGAAAAUUGCUGACUACGCCUAGCAUGGUACAAUUUCUAUGCAAGACGCAUGAAACUAAAGAAUUACUUACAUCCCCGAAAUCUUUAGGAAGUAAUUUUUGCAAUGGAAGAAAUGAGGUGAUUGAAUAGUUUGUGUUGUAAAUUGUGAUGUUAGCUACAGUCAAGAAUUCAUUAAUUCAUUAAAUGUAUACUUGUCUUGCAGUAAAGUUGAAGUGACCACUUUUUUAUUUAUUAUUUAUUAUUAUUUUUAUAUGUUGGACACUA